AUGCCUUCCAUAUUUUCUUGGUUUCGGCAAAUCUAUUCCCUCAAUACCCUCGAUACUCGCUUCACCUCCGCCAAAGUCGACACGCGACCUAACAAAGAUCGGGCCAAUAUCGUAACAGCACCACUAUGGCGCACCCCCGAAUUCUUCGUCUAUUACCUCUUCUUCAUCACACUUGUUCCUUUGAUGUUCAAGACCGUGAUUGAUGCCUCGAAGGAAACUCUCCCAGUUUACUCUACCUACUCCCAUCUUCUCUCGCCAGGAUGGAUUCCUGGCCGUCAAGUUGACAACUCCGAUGCACAAUACGCAAGCUUUCGCGACAAUAUUCCCUACCUUCUUCUACUCCUGAUUCUUCAUCCGAUUGUCCGCCGAAUCUACCAAUCUGUGGCUCCCGUGAGCACCAGCACAACAUUUUCUAACAAUACAAUCGCUGCUGGAGAAAUACAAUUGGAACAGCGAAUGCGGUUUGACUUUGGAUUUGGACUUAUAUUCAUCACAGCCCUUCAUGGAACCUCUGCCUUGAAGGUCUUUUUGAUCUUGUUCAUCAACUACAAAAUCGGCAAAAAUGUUUCUCGGUCCUACGCUCCGGCCAUCACGUGGAUAUUCAAUAUCGGAAUUUUGUUCGCCAACGAAUUAUGCGAUGGGUAUCAGCUAGAGAAGAUUGCCUUGCUAUUGACAUCUGGGGCAAAGGAGUCUUCUCUGGUACAAUGGGCUCAGACCCUAGAUAGUUUCGGAGGCAUCAUGCCACGAUGGGAGGUCAUGUUUAAAAUUACUGUGUUGCGCUUUAUAAGUUUCAACAUGGACUACCAUUGGAGUGUCGGUUACCCAUCGACAAGCCCGAUUGAAGUACGUUCUUAUAUUGAAACCGACCCUGGUCUUCCUACCUCACGCCUAGACCUACAACUGACGAAUUUUCCAAAGAAAAAAGAACUGGACCCCGCGACCCUCUCAGACCGGGAACGGGUCAAAAUUCCAGCAGAGCCAGCUGCCUUCAACAUGCGCAACUAUGUUGCUUACGUUCUCUACUCGCCACUAUAUUUGGCUGGUCCGAUCUUAACAUUCAAUGACUACGUGUCUCAACAACGACAUACACCACCUUCUGUGACAGGCACCCGCACCGCUUUCUACGGAAUCCGCCUCAUUUUGACUCUGCUCUGUAUGGAGCUGAUCCUCCACUAUAUUUACGCGGUAGCAAUUUCCAAAGCCUCGCCAGACUGGUCCCUCUUCACCCCAGGCCAACUCAGUAUGCUUGCCUACUUCAACCUGCACAUUAUCUGGUUGAAACUUCUCAUUCCGUGGCGAUUCUUCCGUCUCUGGGCACUAAUCGAUGGAAUCGACCCCCCGGAAAACAUGGUUCGCUGCAUGUCCAACAAUUACUCAGCCUUAGGAUUCUGGCGAGGCUGGCAUCGCUCGUACAAUCGCUGGAUCGUCCGGUACAUCUACAUCCCUCUAGGCGGAGGUGGCGGUGGCCAUAAUCCCGCUGUAACAAAAUCGUCCUCCGCGUCAUCUGGCAUUAUGGACAAGAUUAUGCGCAUCCGCAAUUUUUUGCUCGUGUUCACUUUUGUUGCGCUUUGGCACGAUAUAAAUCUACGUCUUCUGAUGUGGGGAUGGCUUAUCACUCUCUUCGUUCUGCCCGAAGUUCUCGGCGGCAUGCUCUUCCCUGCCCGCCGUUGGCGCUCACAGCCCACUGCAUACCGUGUUUUGACAGGUAUCGGGUCUGUGGGCAAUGUCUUGAUGAUGGUGGUUGCUAAUCUUGUUGGCUUUGCGCUUGGUCUGGAUGGGCUGAAGGAUCUCCUUGCUAGUCUGAUGGGCUCUUAUUCCGGUGUUGCAUAUAUGAUCUCGUGUUGUGUUGUUUUGUUCGUUGGCGUCCAAGUUAUGUUUGAGAUUCGCGAGGAUGAGCUACGUGCGGGCAUUAAUCUGAAAUGCUAA